UCGGCUCUUUUGCCCAACAUGAUAAUUGGUUUUUUUCUGCUCUCUUUCGUUUUUGUUUCGCUGCCGCUGAAAUCGAAAUCUCAAUCGGGCCCUGGGAAGUGGAAGUAAGAUAUGCAUGCUGUUGCGGAGAUUGGACCAAUUUAUUUCAAUUUCGCACUUCAACGAGCCACGUAGUGUCCGCGGCUCCGAUCAGCUAGAUUCAAACAACCGAAAUGCGAAAGCAAACCUUUAUCAGCUUAUUUUUCUGUGUCCUGUUCCUUGGAGCGGAUCGCGGCGUCUUCGCUUGCCACUGCAUUCUGCUGAAAGAGUGCAGCACCUUCGUCCGGCUCCUGCUGCAUCACAAGGCCGGAGACCAGUCCGCCGUGUACGCCAAGGUGCUUGCUGCCAGUUGCGGAUUCCAAGGCCUUGAUCCAUUGGUUUGCUGUCCCUCCUCUCGAAAAUCUUACCGCGAUGAGUCAUCUCCGACCAAGCCAGGUCGCAUGCUGCGAUUCGCUCCACCAGAUGAGCGUUGGAUCUGGAGUGGCGAGAGUGAUGGAAAGGGUAGGCAUUCCAGCUCCAAAGAAGCGUUUAAUUAUCACGAGGUGGAGACAAACUUGCAUGACUACUGGGACUUUAAGGAAAAGCGCAACUGUCCGCAGCCAGUAGAGCCAGAGUUCUUCGACCACAGAUUUGGCCAAGGUGGUCACCACUUCCACUACCAAGUGGAGCAUUUGGACGAGCAUUCGUCUGCGCGACCUAAUCCUCGGGAUAAGCCUAUUAUAUUUCCCGGAGAUUUGCGAUUCCUGCGACAGGGUAGCGAUGAAGAUGAUCUGGGAGAAACACCACUGGCGCCAUUUACCUCACCCACGUUCUCAAAUCUGGAAGGACCACCUCUUGCGCCAUUCACUACACCAAACCCCGGGGAAACCACAACCCCAUUCAUAUCCCUAUCGGCCCCUCCCACACAAACAUCUGGAAUCCAACAGAACCUCCCAGGAUGCGGAAUAAGUGUGGAAAGCCGCCUCCUGGGAGGUGAACAGGCCAAAACAGGACAGUAUCCUUGGCUGGCGAGGAUUGGAUACCGUAAUCGAACCAGUAGCCGGAUUAGCUAUCGUUGCUCAGGAUCCCUAAUAUCCAGAAACUACGUUGUGACCGCCGCCCAUUGUGUGAUUAAUUUGGUGCGCGACUUGGAACUAUCUCAUGUGCGCUUGGGAGUCGAUGAUGCAGUUUCUCAAUUUUCCAUUCAGCGAAUUGUCGUGCAUCCGAACUACGACCAGCCCAGAUAUUCUAAUGAUAUUGCCCUUCUGCGGCUGAAUACUACCACAGGUGCUUUCACACCCAUUUGCUUACCUUUGAACGGCUCUACCACAAUCGGUGAAAGGCUUAUUGGACAAACAGGAGUUGCCGCGGGCUGGAGUACAAUGAACCCCGAAAAUGGAGCGAAUUCGACGUCCGCUGGAGUGCGAUUCAUCAGGCUGCCCAUAGUGAACACGACCAGUUGUGCGAUUGCCUACGCGAGUCUCAGCGAGAACUUCCAGCAGCCAAUAGUGAUCACUCCAAGUCAUCUCUGUGCCCAGGGUCAGCCCAUGAACGACGUGUGCCGGGGCGACAGCGGAGGACCUUUCAUGGACGAUGGCAGCUCUGGUCUUUUUGGAAAUGGCCUCCACACGCUCAUUGGUAUCGUGGCUUUCGGACCCACGCUUUGUGGGGUCAGCACAAUUCCGGGGGUCUACACAUUAGUUAGCAGCUUUUCCGAUUGGAUACUCCAGAGCAUCACUGAGUUCUACUUUCCCAACGAGGCGGCCCAGGUGCCGAACUACGGCAGGUGCAUCACUCCGAACCGGGAAAGAGCUUUGUGCAUUCAUUUGGAGGACUGCAAAUACUUGUACGGGAUCCUGACCACCACUCCGCUGAGGGACACCGAUCGCCUCUACCUCAGCCGCAGCCAGUGCGGGUACACGAAUGGAAAGGUAUUGAUUUGCUGCCCGGAUCGCUAUAGGGACACGUCGCCGGUAACCCAGGCGCCACCUAGGCCAAAUGUCACCACCACCAAUCUGCUGCCGCUGCCCGGACAGUGUGGGAACAUCCUUUCGAACCGCAUCUACGGUGGUGUGAAAACGAAAAUUGACGAGUUCCCCUGGAUGGCUUUAAUAGAGUAUACAAAAGCGGAGGGGAAGAAGGGGCACCACUGCGGUGGCUCCUUGAUCAGCACAAGGUAUGUGGUGACAGCCUCGCAUUGUGUUAAUGGAAAAUCUUUGCCCUCGGACUGGCGGCUGACUGGUGUCCGGUUGGGCGAAUGGGACACCGCCACUAAUCCGGACUGUGAGGUGGACGUCCGUGGCAUGAAGGACUGUGCUCCACCGCAUUUAGACGUGCCCGUGGAGCGAACUAUACCCCAUCCUGACUACAUUCCCAGCUCUAAGAACCAGGUAAACGACAUUGCCCUUUUGCGACUUGGCCAGCAAAUAGAGUACACCGAUUUCGUACGACCGAUUUGCCUGCCAUUGGACACCAACCUGAGAGCGGCCACAUUUGAUGGCAUAACCAUGGACGUGGCUGGGUGGGGUAAGACAGAGCAGCUGUCGGCCAGUAACCUGAAGCUCAAAGCAGCCGUGGAGGGAUUUAGAAUGGAGCAGUGCCAGCAAGUGUACAGCAGCCAAGAGAUUCUACUCGAAGAAACCCAGAUGUGUGCUGGCGGAAAGGAGGGCGUUGAUUCAUGUCGUGGCGACUCCGGCGGCCCUCUCAUCGGCCUUGACACCAACAAGGUGAACACCUACUACUUUCUGGCUGGCGUCGUCUCCUUUGGCCCCACGCCCUGUGGCCUAGCAGGAUGGCCAGGGGUAUACACCCUGGUGGGCAAAUAUGUUGACUGGAUCCAAAACACAAUAGAGGCCUAAAUGUUCACCGUACUUUUUAAUGUGUUUCUGUGUAAAUAAAUUAAAGAAAUAUAUGUGUGUCCCAUA